CACACUUUUUUCUAUUUCACAAAAUUGCUGUCACGUCCGUUCCAUUAUUGCGCUUGUGAUGUCAGUGGAUUUAGGUGCCCGUCACGAAUGCCUGAAGAAUAAUGAUGUGUCUCGUCAAUGAGCGUUUCUGUGUGGGUUCCAUGUCCUUCAGUUUAGUGGCUGGAUUCUGAUUUUACCCUCACUGAAAACACCUUGGAUUGUGGACUCGGGAUCGCUGCUUUACGUGCAGCCCUGAACACAAAACCUGCGUUUGUUUUGCGCGGAUUGUGUAGCGUGUUUUAUUCUAACUUUAUGCACGAAAUGGAAUGCAGAGUAUUGUCAAUUCAGAGUCAUGUUGUCAGGGGAUAUGUUGGCAAUAAAUCGGCAUCAUUUCCGUUACAGGUGCUGGGUUUUGAGGUGGAUUCAAUCAACUCGGUACAGUUCUCCAAUCAUACAGGUUACUCCCACUGGAAAGGCCAGGUGCUGACCGCGGACGAGCUGCACGUCCUCUACGAGGGGAUCAAGCUCAACAACGUCCACCACUACGACUAUGUUCUCACAGGGUACACUCGAGACACUUCCUUUCUGGAGAUGGUUGUGGACAUCGUACAAGAGCUGAAGAGGGCCAAUCCUAACCUUGUGUAUGUGUGUGACCCGGUGCUGGGGGACCAUGGCUCCAUGUAUGUUCCAGAGAAUCUGCACCCGGUCUACAAGAACAAGGUGGUGCCAGUGGCCGACAUCAUCACACCCAAUCAGUUUGAAGCAGAGCUCCUGACAGGGAAGAACAUUAGCACAGAGAAAGAUGCAGUGGAGGUGAUGGACCUGCUCCAUAAGAUGGGUCCUGACACGGUGGUCAUCACCAGCUCUGACCUGCCCUCGCGUCUGGGUGACCGCUUCCUUGUGUCCCUGGGCAGCCAGAGGACGUUGAUGCCUGAUGGUACCAAGUCCACACAGAGGGUCCGUAUGGAAAUCCCCAAGGUGGACGCUGUGUUUGUGGGGACAGGGGACCUGUUUGCUGCGAUGCUGCUGGCCUGGACUCACCACUACCCCAAUGACCUCAAGACUGAUGGCCUGCAUCUGAUGGUCAAUCUGAGGGGAGGGAGGGAGCAGCGUUGAGGCUGCCUCUUACCCGACUCACCGUCCCUCCUCUCUCCCUCCCUCCGCUCGGAAAAGGGGACUCAGUCUUCCAGCUGAUGGUGAAACUUAAGUCGCACUCCAUUAUUUCUGCCUCAUGCACCAAUUCAUGUUGUUACUCCUAUGAGCACAGAAAAUGAAAUAUUCCUUGAUAUUAAAAAAGACACAAGCCGCUAAUAAUAACAACGCAAGCUUAUCGGAAAACUUUCCGAUACUCAUUCAUUGCAUCUGCAGUGCUGGUUGUAGUGUGAGUGGAAGUAGGGAGAACACACAUUUAAUGACUUGUUGAACAAAGUGUUGACAGUGCUAAAUAACAACUUAAACAGGAACUUACUUACUUAUAAAAACAUCAGCACUUUGCUGUAUUCGUUGAGUCUCUCCCUAGUCAUGGUUUUAAAAGUUUUGAAAUCUCACAUUACCUACCAACUUUGCUGUGCGUUCGAGGCUUCUUUUUACAGUCUAUGGCGCAAGGAAACUGUAGACACGGAGAUCUGAGUUAUGUGAUUGGCCAGCGGUAGACAUAUAGGUGCACUUGAUUUGCUCUCCGGGCCUGCCGGGUAGGCGGACUUCUACCUUCAGACACAUUAAAUGGUUCAAAAUGGUAACACUUUGCCUUCCCGGCGCUAGGGCUGCUGAAUCAAGUGCACCUACCACCAACAGCAUGAAACAAAUUAAAAACGCAAGGCUUUAUCAUUGGGUUUUUCACAGAAAUGUUUGGUGACCGACUAGGAAUGGCUUGGAGAUGGACCAAUCGCGAUCGACCGGUUGUUGACCACUGCCCUACAUGCUGAUCUUGAGUCAGUUUUGCAUUUCCCCCACUAAUGGUUAAGAUUGGGGAAGGGGAAGAUCAUCCUAGAUCUAGGGGAAACUUCACCCCGGACUGUGAUAGUAAUGGCCUUCCAUGGCCCUGCCCAUGCAGUCAUAGAAGCAAUCAAUAUAAUAGAUUGGAGGUGCACCCUCUAGGUUUUAUAGCUCUCUCUUGUAUAGCUAAAGCUCACCACUGAUACUGUCAGCAUCAUACUUAGAAUAAUAGUGAUAUCAAUCAGUCAGCUACGUUCCCACCAUUCAAACUUCCCCCCAAAAUUCUCAAGGUAAGGUCAAACUUGAUAGUUCUGGUAUGCUGGAGCUCUUACCAAUAUUUCAAAAAUUGUCUGGACCACUGAAGGGGUGCUCAGUCCUAGGAUUUUAUAACCACAAUUGUAAAAGAAGGAUCUGGAUGGCAGCUUAAUUUCCUUUGAAAGUUUCAACAUUGCUUUGACAAACAAGUCUCUCUCUGUCUUUCUCUCUCUCUCUC